CACGCGCCGAUAGAGGGGGGAGGCGUGGCCGGGACGGGCAGUGAGUGGAUCCCGGGGCAUAGCCCCGCCCCUCCGUGCCGUGACGCAGGCUCCGAGCAGGGCGCCGAUUGGUGGAGCCUGACGGGCUCUUGCUGUUGCUGUGUGGGAAGAGACGGCUGGAGCUGCCGGUUAUCUGAUGAAGAGCCGGGAGCGGGGGGAAAGGGGUGCCGUCUUUCUAAGAGAGAAAGCCCGAAGAUGAAACCCGUAAAGAAAUCUCCAGGCCCAGGGAACAGCAAAGUGUCAAGCUCCACCCGCAGUAAGAAACAGAAGAGAAAGGUGGAGGAAGGAAGGCAGGAGGAAGAAGAGCAGGAGGAGGAGGAGGCUGCAGAAGAAGAGACUUCAGAGGAGGCAGACGAAGGCUCUGGGCAUACCGUGGCAUAUGUAGGGGCAAGGAGGAUGCAGGUAAAAGUUGAACCUGCGACAGCAGAGAUGGCAGCCACCCGAGUACAAGAACAAGACCUGUCAGGACGUAACCCACAGCAAAUGACAGAGGCUGAAACACAAGAAGAGAAACCUCAGAUAGGCAUUGAAACUUCCAACAAUGUCCAAGUGAUGAGUAAAGGAGUAUAUGAUACGCCCCGCUGGGAUAUGCAUUUGAGUAGGAAAACUGCCACCUUUAAGUCUAAAGCUCCCAAGAGAAAAUGUGUGGAAGGCCAAGGAUCACAGGAGGAUUCUUCUAGCAGUAGCGAUGGCACCACUGCACCACAGGAACGCAUUUCAGAGCAGUCUGUAGCCCCAGCCAUCGAAACAGAGGAUAUUCCUUCUGUGCGGUCCUCCUCUACAGAUACAGCCAGCGAGCAUUCUGCAGACUUGGAAGAGGAGUCAGAGAAAACCCAAACCGAGCUAGAGCCACAAACCGUGUCCUGGCCUGAGAUUGACGUUGGAGGUCAUCUGCAGCCCCAGAGAGUACUGGCGAGGAAAGAAGAUGCCUUCUACCUUUGCCAGGUAAAACAAGUCCGUAGAAAUCACGAACUUGGAGUGCAGUUUCCUGGGGCACAGACCAUUACAUUCCUGGACAUCAUGCAAGAACCGGUUGUACUGGACCAGAUACCAACUCCAAGUGAAGUCGCUGUGGGGUCAGCAGUGUGCGCCUGUGUGGGACCCGACAAUACAACUUUCCGAGAGGGAACUGUAGUAGAAAUAGUUCAGAAUCCUUUGUCUUACAAGGUUUGCUUUCAACAGAGCCCAGGGCGAAGGGAACGUGACUAUGGCUGGGUCCCCCACAACAGCAUUCGACUUGUCCGCUUCCCUUGGUGUAAAGAACCAAUUCUGGUCGUUCCACGAGCAGCAGAGGAAAAGCCCCAGCAGCCAAUUGGUAGAUUGCCAGCAGCCCAUACUUCAGAGCAGCAGUCAGGUGGUACAGCCGAGAUGCCAGCAUCACCACGUGGUUCAGAACCGAAACACCUUGAGGAUGCCGAGGUCUCGACGAUCAGUUUUAGCAUGCCAGUGAGCGAAGAGAAAUUGACAUCUGUGCAACACUGUAUUCUUUCACCUCCAAAAUCACCCUAUGGAAUGAUAAUGGGGCGAUUGCCAGAGCAGCCGUCCCCAUUGCUUAGUCCAGAUGCUGGAAGUCGGAGCAGCUGUAGUAGCGUGUCUUUGGAUAAAUGCAGCACUCCAGGGUCCCGUUCUCGCACACCCCUGACAGCAGCCCAGCAGAAGUACAAGAAGGGAGAUGUAGUUUGCACCCCUAAUGGGAUUCGUAAGAAAUUUAAUGGAAAGCAAUGGAGAAGACUGUGUUCCCGCGAUGGCUGCAUGAAAGAAUCUCAAAGAAGAGGCUACUGUUCCAGGCACUUGUCCAUGAGAACCAAGGAGAUGGAGAGCAUGUCUGAAGGUCGAGGUGGUCGAGAAGGGAGUGCCGAGUUUGAAUGGGAUGAUACAUCUCGGGACAGUGAAGUAAGCAGCAUACGCACAGACUCCCGUCCACGUCUCGUGGCCCCCACAGACCUCUCUCGCUUUGACUUUGAUGAGUGUGAAGCUGCCAACAUGUUGGUGUCUUUGGGUAGCUCUCGUUCUGGAACCCCAUCCUUCUCCCCUGUUUCCAACCAGUCUCCUUUCUCCCCAACGCCUUCCCCCUCACCUUCUCCACUGUUUGGCUUUAGGCCAGCUAACUUCAGCCCCAUUAAUGCUUCCCCUGUCAUUCAGCGUGCUGCACGCAGUAGACAUGUGAGUGCAAGUACCCCCAAGGGACAAGCAGUGUUGACUCCUGAGAUGCUGCACCACUCUCACCACCGAGAGAGACAGUCAGUGGGCAUCAUGCCAUCAUUCCAGACCAACCUUACCUUUACAGUACCCAUGAGCCCAAGCAAGAGAAAACCAGAUUCACAUCAUGGCAGUGCCAGCUCUACUGCCGACUUCCAGAAGAGCGAUAGCUUGGACUCUGGGGUGGACUCUGUCUCCCAUACCCCAACACCAUCUACUCCUGCCGGAUACCGAUCUGUGUCCCCUGCCACCAUUUUCUCCCGAUCCCAACAAGCUUCUCCAUCCCUUCUCCUGUCCCCUCCAGCUGGCCUGACCUCAGACCCUAGCCCCUCGGUCCGUAGAGUUCCUGCUGUACAGAGAGACUCUCCUGUAAUUGUGAGGAACCCAGAUGUCCCCCUUCCAUCAAAGUUUGUAGAAAAGCCCACAGACGGAGGAUCCCGCAGUAUUAGUGCAACAGGAGCUGGAGCGGGCAGCCCACGGCGCAUGGUUAAAGUUUGUUCCAAGGAACAUCCUUCCAAAACACAGCUGCAAAUACCGGUACCCAUCAAUGCCACCCAGAUGCAGAAUGUGGCACGAUCUUUACCUUCUGGGCCAACAAGCACUGGAGAAUCCAUUAUCUGCACAUCUUCGGGUCCUACAGAUCACCCUCCAGCCGUGUUCAGCAUGUCGUCGCCAUUCCAGCCUGUGGCGUUCCAUCCAUCCCCUGCGGCCCUGCUUCCUGUGAUUGUGCCCAGUGACUACAGCAGCCAUCCUGCACCUAAAAAGGAGAUCAUCAUGGGACGGCCUGGCACAGUAUGGACGAACGUAGAGCCGAGGUCUGUGGCGGUCUUUCCUUGGCACUCUCUGGUUCCUUUUUUAGCACCAAGUCAGCCUGACUCUUCCGUCCAGCCCAGCGAGGGUCAGCAGCCUGUCAGCCACCCAGGAGCAGCCAACCAAGGCAAAGAACCCCCUGAAUCGGCAUCUGUGGCACACGAGCCUGUGCCCGCUACAAGCAACGAGGAUGAGCGUUGCGGGGUCCCUCAUGCUGAAACAGCGCCAUCCCUACCGAACGAGGAGCCUCCCAGAAAGCCACAGCACUUGGAGGGCCCCCUACAGGGACCUACAAGAGAUCGCAGGGUGGACAGCGAGACGGAAAGUGACCACGAUGAUGCUUUCUUUUCUAUUGGGCCUGCUGAUAUACCACUCCAAUUGCAUGCUGGGAAGCGCCGGACUCAGUCACUUAGUGCACUUCCAAAAGAAAGAGACUCGUCUUCUGAAAAGGAUGGGCGCAGCCCAAACAAGAGGGAAAAGGAUCAUAUACGCCGUCCCAUGAAUGCCUUCAUGAUUUUUAGUAAACGUCACCGCGCCCUGGUGCACCAGCGCCAUCCGAAUCAGGACAAUCGCACAGUCAGCAAGAUCCUGGGCGAGUGGUGGUACGCCUUGGGGACCAAGGAAAAGCAAAAGUAUCAUGACUUGGCAUUUCAGGUGAAAGAAGCGCACUUCAAGGCUCACCCUGAUUGGAAGUGGUGUAAUAAAGACCGCAAGAAGUCCAGUUCAGAUGUGAAGCAGGUGAUGCAGGGGCCCUGGGGGGUCCCCAAAGAGAUGAGGGAGAGAAGUAUGUCUGAGACCGGGACUGCAGCUGCAGCGGGAGGUCCCUCGGACAUUGCUUCUUCUGGACUACUCCUGGAGUCUAAGCACGGGGCCCCCUCCUCUGUUCUGCCCUCAGAGCGCCUGGUUCCCACCUCCAGCACCUCUGCCCAGCUCCCUCGUCCACGGGCAUUCUCCCAUAGUGCUGUGCAGAGCAUAGAGCACAGGGAGGACAGCCAGGCUCUGCAGGAGCUCAAACAGAUGUGCUCAAGUCGUUCUCCGUAUCCCAAUCAGAAGGCAGCAUUUGGUGGCCCAGAGCCUUCAUCAUUCCCAAUGCCUGCACACAGCGAGAACGCCGCCUGUCCCACUUCAAGAGCCUGUCCGCCUCGUUCUGCAUCCUACCGCUCGCAGCGCACAGCCAGCGAGGACAUGACCAGUGACGAGGAGAGGAUGGUCAUCUGUGAGGAGGAAGGAGACGAUGACGUUAUUGAUGACGGCUAUGGCUGUGCAGAUAUAGACUUGAAAUGUAAGGAACGGGUGACAGACAGUGACAGUGAAGGAGUAUCAGGAGAUGAAGCAGAAAGCAAGGUGGCUCCUCAAGGUGUCUUUUCGCCCGUCAUCCGUUCCUCCUCACACUCUGGAACUUUUACACUUUCCUCUGAGGACUUCAAAUCGGACAGAGCUGUGAAUGUGGCUCAAUCACCCAAGCCCAGUGACCAUCCACAAGCCUCCUUCCCCCGUGGGUACCCUCCACUGCCUCCUGCCAAGCCGCCUCCUCCUCCUCCUCGUACACCUACCCAACAUCAAGCUAGGAGAACUUCAGAAGUGCGCUUCACUAUGGUGGACCCUGCCAUGAGCUACAAGAGGAAACGCAGUGUAGAUGGUGUAGGACAGAAGAUGGUGGGGGAUGGUGUGCCUCCCGCGAAUCAGUACCCUGCUCAAUCGGUCAUCUCGUCCACUGCAACCCAAACCAUUGUCCUGCCCAGUGUGCCCUCACCACACUUCACCAGCACUAUAUAUUCCCCCAUAUCCAAACCCUACGAUGGGCAGAGAGGAACACCCGACAGUCGGCAUUCUGUCCCUGCAGUAGGAACUGUACUUGUUUCGGGGCCACAAGGAUUUGGAGUUUUACCUCCUGGCUAUAAGCAAGCCUCCACUGUAGUUACGAAUGUAGUCAAGCCAGUUAUCAGCACACCAGUUCCUAUUGCAAGUAAACCAUUGCCCAUUUCCAGGAGCAGCAGUAGCAGUGAACUUUGUGACGGUCGUAUACCCGGUUCCCCGCUGGGCAUUGGGGUUGUGUAUACUCACGACAGGAAGCAAGUUCAACAGCUGACAUCUCCUGCUUCUCCCCACCCACAGGGCAGACCUGCCGGUGGGCUCGUUACCAACCUACUGGUGGGAGCGCCUAGCUACGGACAGCCAGCACCCGCUUCAGGAAAUGGGGCAGGUCCUGUUACCGCACUGCAGUUCAUUACCCAGAAUCCUGCAGGCAGCCCCAAUGGAGCGGUACCUCUGAGCAUACUUCAGCCGCAACAGCUGCUUCCUGCUUCAAGCAAGAGAGGCAACAUCACCCAAGUGCAGUACAUCUUGCCCACCAUCCCGCAACAGCUGCCAGGAGGCAUCCACUUCACCCUUCCUUCUGCAAAUGCUAAAGUGAUCGCUACCCCUCAAGCUGUUCCAAUUGUCCAGCCUGGCCCAGCUGCUAGCCCGUCUCUGGGCAUUGUGUCCGCAGCUGCCAAAGCCCAGUCGGUGUCUCCUGCCCCUUCACCCGGGACCUGCGCUCAGCUGCUUUCUGCUCCAGGAAUCCUGUCUCCAAAUACUCCGGUUCAGGGCAAGAUGCUGGUUCCAGUUUCCACAUCUCAUGUGACUGUGCGGACGGGCCCUACUACAACCCAGCUGCCGCUCAUGACCUCCCCCUUCCCGGUUCAGAAUGGUGCACAGCCUGCCAACAAGAUUAUACAGAUCACUCCAAUGCCCGUGGUGCAACCGCCAUCUUCAAAGCAGAGUGCCUUAGUGACUCCGGGCAGUUCAACACUCCAGAGUGCUAUCCCUGUCAGCAUGGCAACCGCAACAGUUGUAGCCGCAGCAUCCCAACAACAGAAAGUCAUCCUGCCAUCAACUAGGAUCACAUAUGUCCCCUCAGCAGCAGGCAGCACCCUUCCCCUGGUGUCCACCAGUUCACACUCCCAGACUGUGACAGCAGGCACUGCCCAUUGUGUCCAGCCUUCACUAGGGACUGGCUCCAUGGCACUUGGCUUCACCACCAUAAGUCCUAAUGGUCAGGCCAUAGUCCAACCACUACUAGCAGGGCAGAGCCACAUCCUUGCCCCUGGGCAGGUCACCGUGUCUCCGGCCUCCACACCGCCUGUAUCCUCCACCUGUGGCGGCAGCCAAGUCUUAACAGCGAUAUACCCAACAAUCGGGUCUAGUACACUGACUGUGGCGGCUGCUUCCCCAGCUCAGAAUUUAGUAUGCACUGUGGCCGGUACAGGUACCGUGCCCGCUGCACCAACCACCAUCUUGACCAAAGCCAUCAGCACCCCUUCGACAAUCAGUGCCCCACCUGUGCCAUGUACAGUGGGCAGUACAUCGCAGCUCACCGCCGUCACUGCCUCUUCUGUUACCUUCAGUUUGGUGGCUCCCAAAUCUCAGAGGAACCUCUCUAAGCCUCCUCAGAAAGUGAAGGCAACCAUUGCCAGUAUUCCGGUGGGGUCAUACGAGGCUACAUCGCCCUCACCGUGUGUGCGCAGUUCUUCCCGCCCUGCGCCGCUGCCACCUUGUGAAGAGACACCUGAACCAAAGUACACAGCAGAACCUCGAGGGGCAUCCAUAGGCCGGGAGCCUACCACAGAAUCCUCCUCUUCAUCUUGUGCUUUCCCUGCCGCUCCGCCUCGGGAUUUAGCUGCGGGGAAGCCUAGGCUGACAGCUGCAGAAGAGCGCUCGUCACGAGACGCGUGGGCGAAGUCCGUAACCGAGGAGAAAUCAGUUGGGUCCCCGUUACACGGUGGAGUUGUCGGGCUGUCUGACAUCAAAAGGGAGCCACCAUCUCCCACCAUCAAGAAGGAAUCUGUGUAUUCAAUGGACUGGAAGGGCACAGUCCCAGAGAGCCGUUUAGAUCCCUCACCCGCCGCACCUGCUCCUCCUCCACCAUCUUCGCCUGUUCCACCACCCGGGUCCAGCAAUAUCGGUGGCUCUCCAGGAGAGGCUGGUAGGUCAGCGGGAGGAUCACUUCCUGAAGCUUCUGACAGAAAGGACGGACCAGUAAAGAAACCCAAACUGCGGCCUCCACCCUUGAAGAAGACAUUCGAUUCUGUUGACAACAGGGUCUUGUCUGAUGUUGACUUUGAGGAACGAUUUGCAGAGCUUCCAGAGUUCAAGCCGGAAGAGGUGCUGCCCUCGCCCACCCUUCAGUCACUCGCCACCUCUCCUCGGGCUAUCCUGGGCUCCUACCGUAAGAAACGUAAGAAUUCUACAGACUUGGACUCUUCUACAGAGGAUCCCAUAUCUCCGAAGAGGAAAAUGAGGAGGCGUUCUAGCUGCAGCUCCGAGCCGAACACCCCAAAGAGCGCCAAGUGUGAAGGCGACAUCUUCACGUUUGAUCGCACAGGCAGCGAGGCAGAAGACAUGCUGGCAGAGAUGGAGUACGAUAAGGUCCCAUACUCAUCCUUACGUCGGACUUUGGAUCAGCGGCGGGCUCUGGUCAUGCAGCUUUUCCAGGAGCACGGCUUCUUCCCAUCUUCCCAGUCCACUGCCGCCUUCCAGUCCCGCUACUCCGACAUCUUUCCCACAAAGGUUUGUCUCCAACUGAAGAUCCGCGAGGUGAGACAGAAGAUCAUGCAGACCGCGACACCGACAGAACUUCACUCUUUUACAGAGCACGCUUCCUCCAGCACCUCUGAAACCUCAGCACCUUCUGAAAUGCAGCCCCCACAGGAUCCCACGCUGCGGCCCAGCGAACCCCCCGACGCUUCUUGGGAGUCAGGCCAGGAACCUCCCGACUCCUCCAACACUAGAUGAGUGGAUAAGGACCAGGGGGCCCUUUUUCUGCAUAGGCACCCAGUGAACUCCUGAGGGUCGAGGGACAACCUCAAGCAAGGAAUACCCAGGGCCCAACCAAUGGAUAACCUGCUUCCCCCCUACCCGCAAAACCAGACUUUGCCCCCACUUGCACAGACAAUCCACCCAUUCCUUGGCAGAUUGUGCACUCUCUGGAUGGGCGGCGCCACCCUCCCACGGGCAGAGAUAGCCAGAUGUUGGCAGUGUGAUGAUAAUAAUCCACACUGGAUUAAACACUGUAGAAAUGGCUAAUCGCGUUUUCUUUUUUAAACAUGGAGGGCCCGCUCGGGGGGUCCGGCGGCCUGGCCUUCUGCCCGGGUGUUCCUACAUAGUAUAGAAUGCUAAAAAAACAAGACAUGUCUUUGGCAUGGUGAUGGACAAAGCAUAGUGAUGUAGCAGGGAAUGCCGUGACGGUGGAUUGUAUGGACCCCAGCAGCAGGGUUGCCACAAAGCAGUGGAUUAUUAUUAUUGAAAAGCGCGCGACACCCAAGGACACAAGUGCCGUGAUGGGCGGACGGGUGAUUUUUAGUGGGGGGGGGGAAUAUGAAAUAAAAAAAAAUAUUUUCUUAUGACACUUUAGUUCAACCAGAAGCAGCUGCACUAUGGGGAGCUGUAUAAAUAUAUAUAAUUCUAUAUAUAUAUGUAGACAUUUUUUUUUUUUGUAAGCCAGAUGGUCGUCGCCGAACGUCCUUCUAUGAGAAUGUCAAGACGCAGCACAUCACGUAUCGCACAGACAUGUAUGUAUACAUAUAUAUACACUGUGUGUAUGUCUGUAUGAUACAAGUGUGUGCACUUGCCUGUAUGUGUGAUGCUGACGAGUGGGCGGGGCUUGUUUGUCAAGUACAAGACUGCAUACGUUUCCAACGCAGAAUAAUUGCUUCUUUCCCAUUGGUUGAUAUUUAACAAUCAAGACAACCUAUCAUGAAGUAACCUGCCUGUGUGGGAAGCUUGACGUGUUUUUUUUUUUUUUUUUUUCGGCUUCCAGGGCCACAUGCUUUUUCGGGGUACUGAAGUAGAUCGAGCCCCUGACUUUAGCAUGCAGAAUAGAAUCUUCCAUCAGUGGCUUCUCACCUAAACCUUUUCAUAAGAUGCCUUUUUGGUGCUCCUCUCUGUAAAAGUGCAUUGAAACCAUAUUCUUUAUAGGAGAAGGGGGGUCUUGUUAUGCCUCAUUCACACUUGGACUCCGUCGCUACGGCGUCCGCCUGCUCCCGUCGGCUCA